UAAAACUUGGCUUUGCCAAGGAAUUGCUGAUAUUUUGUGACCAUACUGUCUGUCUUCCCCUUCAACAUUGUGUUUCCAGUCUUUCCUUGACCGCCCCGGGGCUGUGUUUGGACAGCACAGUUUGUAGUCAGCCUCCAAUCAGCUUUGAACCGUGAACAUUCUGUGUUGGAAUAUGUCUGGGCUUUCAGUUAACUGACUUUCAGUUUGGAAGAGGUCUUACAUUUCUUUUCUGUGUAGUUGAAACCUAAAGGUGUGUGUGUGUGUGUGGUUAGAAAUGAAGUCUUUCAGCUUGAAGAGUGUCAAGGUGUGUGCAUCCAAGAGCUCCGUACGCCUGCGUCAGCCAUGUUCCUUAGGCCAGAGCAGAAGGAAGGUGAAGCUGCUGGAGGAGCGGGCUUGCCCGCUCUCCAUUGGCAAUGGAGACUACUUUUGGACAAGUAAAGACACACUGUGGGAUUAUGUGCAGACACUGUCUGAUCAGGGAGCUGAGAAACAUGAAGGGACAGGCCAGUCGUCUGGGGUCACUGACCAGGAGAAGGAGCUGUCCACCAGCGCUUUCCAGGCCUUCGCAUCUGGAAAUUAUGAUGCCUGUCUGCAACACCUUGCCUGUCUCCAAGAUAUAAACAAAGAUGAUUACAAAAUAAUUUUGAAUACAGCAGUAGCUGAAUUUUUUAAAAAUAAUCAAACAACAACAGAUAAUUUGAGGCAAACACUUAACCAGCUGAAGAAUCAGGUUCACUCAGCUGUUGAAGAAAUGGAUGGAUUAGAUGAUGUUGAAAACAGCAUGUUGUAUUAUAAUCAAGCAGUCAUUCUUUAUCAUCUGCGGCAGUAUACAGAGGCCAUAUCUGUUGGUGAAAAACUUUAUCAAUUCAUAGAACCUUUUGAAAAGUUUGCCCAAGCAGUGUGCUUUCUGCUUGUAGACUUGUAUAUAUUAACCCACCAAGCUGAGAAAGCUCUGCAUCUUCUUGCUGUCCUAGAAAAAAUGAUUUCACAGGGCAGCAGCAACAAAAACGGGAAGAAUGAGACUGGCAAUAAUAGCAACAAAGAUGGAUCUAAUCCUAAGGCUGAGAGUGGAGCUCUAAUAGAGGCUGCAAAAUCCAAGAUACACCAGUACAAAGUCAGAGCGUACAUCCAAAUGAAGUCCCUGAAGGCAUGCAAACGGGAAAUCAAGUCUGUCAUGAACACAGCUGGAAAUUCUGCACCCUCCCUGUUUCUUAAAAGCAAUUUUGAGUACUUAAGGGGCAAUUAUCGGAAAGCAGUGAAGCUGUUAAAUAGUUCAAACAUUGCCGAGCAUCCAGGCUUCAUGAAAACAGGUGAAUGCUUGAGGUGCAUGUUCUGGAAUAAUCUUGGUUGCAUCCAUUUUGCCAUGAGCAAGCACAAUUUGGGGAUUUUCUACUUUAAGAAGGCUCUGCAAGAAAAUGACAAUGUCUGUGCCCAGCUGAGUGCAGGUGGCAUUGAUCCAGGCAAAAAGUUUUCGGGAAGACCCAUGUGUACAUUGCUAACCAACAAAAGAUAUGAGCUGCUGUAUAACUGUGGGAUCCAGCUGCUGCACAUCGGGAGGCCUCUGGCUGCCUUCGAGUGUCUGAUUGAAGCUGUUCAGGUUUAUCAUGCAAAUCCCCGUCUUUGGCUACGGCUGGCUGAAUGCUGCAUUGCUGCCAAUAAAGGGACUUCUGAGCAAGAAACUAAAGGGCUUCCUACCAAAAAGGGAAUUGUACAGUCUAUUGUUGGUCAAGGAUAUCACCGUAAAAUAGUUCUGGCAUCACAGUCUAUUCAGAACACUGUCUACAAUGACGGGCAGUCGUCAGCCAUUCCUGUAGCCAGUGUGGAGUUCGCAGCCAUCUGUCUCAGAAACGCCUUGUUGCUCUUACCGGAAGAACAGCAAGACGCAAAGCAGGAAAAUGGCUCCAAGAACAGCAGCCAGCUAGGAGGGAAUCCCGAGAGCAGCGAGAGCAGCGAGACGUGCAGCAGUAAAAGCCAUGAUGGAGAUAAGUUCAUUCCAGCCCCACCUUCUUCUCCACUGAGGAAACAGGAAUUAGAAAACCUAAAGUGUUCCAUCCUUGCUUGCAGUGCUUACGUGGCUCUCGCCUUAGGUGAUAACCUCAUGGCUUUGAAUCAUGCAGACCAGCUCCUUCAGCAGCCCAAGCUGUCGGGCUCUCUUAAGUUUUUGGGCCAUUUAUAUGCUGCAGAAGCUCUCAUCUCCCUCGACAGAAUAUCCGAUGCCAUUACGCACUUGAACCCAGAGAAUGUCACUGAUGUCUCCUUAGGGAUCUCUUCAAAUGAGCAGGACCAAGGAUCAGACAAGGGUGAAAAUGAAGCAAUGGAAUCCUCUGGCAAGCGCGCCCCUCAGUGCUACCCCAGUUCUGUCAACUCUGCCCGGACUGUGAUGCUCUUCAACCUGGGCAGUGCCUACUGCCUGAGGAGCGAGUAUGACAAAGCCCGCAAGUGUCUGCACCAGGCGGCUUCAAUGAUCCAUCCUAAGGAGGUGCCCCCUGAGGCCAUCCUGCUAGCAGUCUACCUUGAGCUACAGAACGGCAACACACAGCUGGCCCUGCAGAUGAUCAAGCGGAACCAGCUGCUCCCCGCAGUGAAGGCGCACUCUGACGUGAGGAAGAAGCCCGUGUUCCAGCCCGUGCACCCCAUUCAGCCCAUCCAAAUGCCCUCAUUCACCACGGUGCAGAGGAAGUGAGAGCUUGCUUUCGGGAACUGUUACCUGAGGCCUGGAGCAUGGCCAGUGGCCUUUCAGUUGUCCUACAGGAAAGCCAGGAAAGACAUCAGGUGGAAAGGUGCUGGUUUUGAAAACAGUUUGAGACUGUUUACCCUCACUGGGUUUUUUUGCCAGAGGCGUACUUAAAAUUAAGGACUCAACCCCACCUUCAGUUUUUAUUUGCCAGGCUUUUACUUGUGACCCAUUCUGUGCUGUGUCUAUGUCUAGGCAUUAAAAGAUGUUCUUACCAGA